GUACAAUCUACGAACACCGACAUUAUGACGGAUGAAAGCCAGAGUUUCAGAAACAAACGUAACCACACUUGGACUGCCGAGGAAGAUAAGAUCCUGGUCGAAUGUAUGACUGAAAUUGCACAUCUGUGGAGAGGUGAGAACGGUUUCAAACAAGGUUUCUCUAAUGCAAUUGAGAGGAUGAUGCAUCUCAAGUUACCUGAUUGUUCGCUUAAAGCCAUCCCUCACAUAACCUCCAGGGUCAAAUUAUUGAAAAAACAGUACAAUGCCAUUUAUGAAAUGACAGGAGGUUCUGGUGGAAGUGGGUUCGGGUGGAAUGACUUGAAGAAAAUGAUUGACGUGGAGAAGGGAAUAUUUGAUGACUGGGUUAAGUCUCACCCAACUGCAAAGGGCCUUUACAACAAGCCUUUCCCCCACUAUGAUAUUUUGGGAACCAUAUUUGGCAAGGAUGCAGCAACAGGAGGUAAUGCAGAGACAAUGGGACAAUCAGUUAAUGUCAUGGAGGCAAAUGCGGCAUGCAAUGCAGAGAGUGUGAAUGUAUCUGACGAGUAUCUAGACCUCGCAGGGGACUAUAUACCCACACCGUUACCAGAUCCAGUGAUACCAGAAGUCCCAAUUGAAGAAAUUGUGCCGCCCUCAGAUGUGUCUACCGCUACUGCCAAAAAGGGAAAGAAUCGUGACAGACCAGAAGAUCCGUUGGUUGCUCCAAUAGUUGAUGUCAUGAAAGAUAUCAAUCAAAACUACCGUGACGGUAUAGACAAGCUUGUUUUAUGCUUUCAACAUCAAGCUAAUGGGAGUAAAAGGCGGAUGUCAAUUAUGGAAGAACUGGAAAAAGUUGGAGGUCUAACAGAUUCACAGAUGGUUAAACUUGCGGUGCAGUUGGUAAAGGAUACAACUCUGACAGAUGUCUUCAUGCAAUGCAAUGAUCAGCAAAGGAAGUGUCUCCUGGCUGACUUGCUGAGUGACAAGCUGUUUAUUCUAAUGAAGCUGGUACCUGAUGGAAGGAACUGGACAGCACAAAUCAGUAAAGUUUUUAUAAUCUUUUUAGUUGAUGUCAAUAAUGAGAAGAGGGUUCUGUUAUCUGACAUUGGAGUCAAUCCACCAUUUUCGAGUUUGACUUUGAUGAUUUGUGGUGCUGAUACAGUUGCUGUCAAUGUGGUUGCAGGAUAA